CCAAGUGUGGUGAGCCCUGUUUCCAAGGAGGCAGCAUUUAAUGACGGACCAUCUGGUGUUGCCACUGUCAGCAUGGAGUUUCCAGGAUGCUGCUUUGAAGACUCGGUGUUCUCAGAGAGCAGGGAUCGUACAGUGGGUGUUGGGGUACCUUAUAAGGCAAAGCAGUGUGAACCGCAGUGGUUUAACGAAGAUUUAAACAGUGAGGACUGCACUGAGAUUAUUACAGCCCUGAAAUUCAGAGGAGACUUGGCAUAUAGACAUGAAGACUAUGAGAAGGCACUUGUUGAAUAUAACCGCUGUUACUUGCUGUUACCAAGAACCAAUGCAGCAAUGAGAAGAGAUGUCCAGGAAAGCCAGGCUCGGUGUUUAGUUUGCUUAAGACGAUACACAGAAGCUUUAGAAGUUGCUCAAACUCUGAAGGGAAGUGUAUUUAACACUGAUCAAUUGACUUGUGCCCUGAACCUACAUAUAACCAUUUAUAGCCAUUUGAGAGAUUGGUUUAUGGCCGUGUCCUGUUUGCAGCAGCUGAUUUCAUUGCACCCACACAAUCCAUGGAUGUGGAAAAAACUGGCUGAGUUCUACCUAAGACUUCUUCUGGAUCCCUCACAAUGCUAUUUGUCAGAGGAAGCUCAGAGCAUUAUCCAAAGCACAAGACCUAAAUUAGUAAAUGAACAUGACUUUGCUGACGAGGAACAGCCGUGCUUAGAUCGUGCUGGGAGAAAUGUGGAUAUACUUAAUGAUAUGGAUAAUACAAGCAGGACUGUUCUCGACUCAAGUAACCCUUCAUUGAUAAAUAUCUGUACAAAAACAGAGCUGUGGAUUAACUCAUGUGCAUCUUUCAUUCGAGCAAGACGUCUCUUUCAGCUUGUACAACCACAGCAAGCAUCAUUUGUACUGGAAAACAAUCUGAAAGCACAAGAUGGAAUUGAAGAACGGCUCAAAGAAUGUGGAAUAGAUGAAGAAACCCAAAUGCUAAUGAAUGAGAUAAUGGCGGAAGAUAUUUCAAAUGAAGGAACAAAGGAAGAAGUAGAUUCAAAAACCACCAUGCCCUUAUCAUCAUUCACAGUACCAUCUGAUGUAGAGUUCAGAGCCAAAUGGUUUGAGAAGAUAAACAUCAUUCCCCUUCCAUCUUGUACGAAGAUUCAAAGUUGUCCAAGAUAGUUUAAACAUAUAUUUCCCAGAAAAGACUAUAUAAAACACAACUUUUUUUUUGGUUUGUUUGUAAAUGUAACCAUGAUAUAGGUUUGUUUUAUUGAUGUGUUUUUUUUUUUUUUUUUAUUCCUCAGGGACCAAUUACAUUGUGUACCAUAGAUACAUUUUGUGCCGA